AUAAUAAAUACCGGUACCUAGGUGCUUAUAUAUAGACCAAUACUGUCCAGGGAAUAAAGUAAACAUGGCGAUUGUCGGUGAAUCGUCAGUGCAUUUUCGUCUGGUCUUUUCGAAUAUUUGGAGAAGUGGUGUUCCAGGUCUCACAAAUUACAAUGUGAGGGUGAGGAAUCAUCAUUGUGAAGCUGGUGUCAAUGAUAAUACUAAAGAUGUUAUCAUAAUUGGAGGCGGAAUGGUUGGAACGGCUUUAGCAGUUGCUUUAGCGAAAAAUCGAUGUUUCGAAGGGAAGAAAAUUGUUCUUCUUGAAGGAAGCCAAAAACACAAAUAUGUUAAGAAGGAGAAUUAUUCUAAUCGAGUCAUAGCAUUGAAUAAACAAACACGAACUCUUUUAUCGAGUGUUGGUGCUUGGAAGCAUAUUGAAGCUACACGUUUCACUCCAGUUCGCAAAAUGCAG